AUGAGUAGCAUUCCUCGCAUCUAUGAGGGCAAGCUCGCUCUUGUCACCGGCUCCGCCCGCAGCAUCGGUGCUGAGAUCGCCCGCAACUUCGCCAGCAAGGGCUGCAAUGUGAUCAUCAACUAUGCCACCGCGUCCUCUGACGAGAGAGCUGCGACACUUGCCGCUCAGCUCGAGAAGGAGUUCGGCAUCCAGGCGCUCCCAAUCCGCGCAGACAUCACCACCAGAGAGGAGUGCGAGCGCAUUGUAUCGGCGGCGAAGGAAAAGUUCACCAACCCGCAGACUGGAAAGCUCCAGAUCGACAUAAUCGUGCACAAUGCUGCGAUUCUCUUCAUCGGGCCCCUUGAGACCGUCGACCCUACCGAGUUCCACCGCAUCUACGAGGUGAAUGUGCUGGGUCCGAUUCUCCUGACCGGUGUCUGCAGGGACUAUCUCCCCACAGAUCGCUCUGGGCGCAUUGUGAUGCUGUCGAGUAUCAACUCCAAGGUUGGUACAGAGCACACCACCCUGUACGCUGGUACGAAGGGCGCCAUCGAGGCCAUGACGAGGGUUUGGGCUCGUGAAUUGGCUGAGCGCGCGACCGUCAACUCGAUCAACCCGGGCCCGGUCAUGACCGAUAUGUAUCUCUCUGCGCCUGACGAGGUGAAGUACGGCCUUGCGCGGUGGAACCCCCUUACCCCGUUGGUUCCUGUCCGUGAAACCGACAGCGACGAGGUCAAGGAGCUGGGCAACAAGUUUGGUGGCAGAGCAGCGUACGCAGAGGAGAUUGCUGGCCUGAUUGCGACGAUUUGCAAUCCCGAGUUUGGAUGGUGCACUGGAAGUAUUAUUUCUGCUAACGGUGGGCUGUCGUUCAGUGUUUAA